CCAACACGGGUGAAGAGGGGUGAAAGGGAUGGGGCGGAGUCUCGCGAGAGUUGGAGUUGGCUGAGAGUUUGUGGAAGAUGGCGCCUGUUGUGACAGGGAAGUUUGGGGAGCGACCUCAACCCAAACGCCUCACCAGGGAAGCAAUGCGAAAUUAUCUUAAGGAGCGUGGCGAUCAAACUGUACUAAUUCUACAUGCUAAGGUUGCACAAAAAUCUUAUGGGAAUGAGAAAAGAUUUUUCUGCCCUCCUCCUUGUGUAUAUCUAAUGGGCAGUGGAUGGAAGAAAAAGAAAGAUCAGAUGGAGCGAGAUGGAUGCAACGAACAAGAAUCACAACCAUGUGCAUUUAUUGGGAUUGGAAAUAGUGACCAAGAAAUGCAGCAACUUAACUUGGAAGGAAAGAACUAUUGCACAGCCAAAACAUUGUACAUAUCAGAUUCUGACAAGAGAAAGCACUUCAUGUUAUCAGUAAAAAUGUUUUAUGGUAAUAGUGACGACAUCGGCGUCUUUCACAGUAAGCGGAUCAAAGUAAUCUCGAAACCUUCUAAGAAGAAACAGUCCUUGAAAAAUGCAGACUUAUGUAUUGCAUCAGGAACAAAGGUGGCAUUAUUUAACCGACUUCGUUCACAGACUGUCAGCACACGUUAUCUGCACGUAGAAGGAGGAAACUUCCAUGCCAGUUCACAACAGUGGGGAGCUUUUUACAUCCAUUUAUUGGAUGAUGAAGAAUCGGAGGGAGAAGAAUUCACAGUGCGCGAUGGAUACAUUCAUUAUGGUCAGACAGUGAAGCUGGUGUGUUCUGUUACUGGGAUGGCACUCCCCAGACUGAUAAUUCGUAAAGUGGAUAAACAAACAGCAUUAUUAGAUGCAGAUGACCCAGUAUCACAGCUCCAUAAGUGUGCAUUUUACCUGAAAGAUACAGAAAGAAUGUAUCUGUGCCUUUCUCAAGAAAGGAUAAUCCAAUUUCAAGCAACUCCAUGUCCAAAAGAACCAAACAAAGAAAUGAUAAACGAUGGAGCCUCUUGGACAAUCAUAAGCACAGAUAAGGCUGAAUAUACUUUCUACGAGGGGAUGGGGCCCGUACAUGCACCUGUGACACCUGUACCUGUUGUAGAAAGUCUUCAGUUAAAUGGAGGUGGGGAUGUUGCAAUGCUCGAGCUCACGGGACAGAAUUUUACACCUAAUCUGCGAGUUUGGUUCGGUGAUGUGGAAGCUGAAACCAUGUACAGGUGCGCAGAGAGUAUGCUCUGUGUUGUUCCAGAUAUUUCUGCAUUCCGAGAGGGUUGGCGAUGGGUCCGUCAACCUGUUCAGGUCCCAGUCACACUGGUUCGAAACGAUGGGAUUAUCUACUCUACGAGCCUUACUUUUACAUAUACACCAGAGCCUGGACCAAGACCACACUGCAGUGCUGCUGGAGCCAUCCUUAGAGCUAAUUCCAGCUUGAUGGCGUCAAAUGACUCGAACACAAACAGUGAGGGAAGUUACACAACUGUCAGCACAAACUCAGCUAUUGUCACAUCAGCAGCAACAGUAGUCUCCUAACUAUUAAAGUGGUUUAGAGACAGUGACCAACUCUUGGGAAGGGAGAAGAUGCAAAACUGUUGAAGUGCUGCAAAGAAAACCCUACUAGUAUCAACAAUUCUUGUGGUAUUGUGGAAAUCACCUCUCUGUUUAGAUGGUGGACAUGUCAAGCAUUGAUAAUCUGCAAGAGGUGUUACCACAUUAAGAAAAUACACCUAUGUAUAAAACUUUAUAAAGAGCUAAAAUGGAAAUCUAUUUUUCAGCUGUUUAAAGCGAGGGCAAGAUAUAAAGAAUUUGGGUGGGAUGUUGGUAAAGAAGACUAGAGAAUGCAUACAAAAAUAACAUAGUUUCUACGGACCAAGAAACUUGUAUAAGCUUUAGUGGAGGUACAGUUUCACCAUACCUUUUUUUUGUAUUAUACAUAUAGUACACUUUUGUUACCAAAUAGUUUAUAUUUUCUUCCUAUGAGCAAUGGGCUCUGAAGUAUCCAGGUUCCAGGCCUGACCUUGCUGUAUAUUCUCAUCACCUACUAUACCAGUAAAGACCUAUAUUUUGGUCACUGGCUGGAACUGUCCUAAUUUUUAUUAUUUUUUUUUAAAAAAAACGAGUCGUGUGACUUUAUUAUCAAUUGAAGGUGGUGUUUGAGAGGAGAACCUUAUUUUUAUGAUUAUCUGUCAAUCUGCAUUGCUGUACUUAAUGGAUGUCUCAAUAUGAUACCCUAAUGAUUUGGGACAAAAAUCAGUUACAAUAUCAUGAUCUUUAUCAUGAUAAUUUAAGAAACAAAGAAGCACUAAAGUCAAACUGGCUAAAUAUGAUCUGUUACACAAAGGCAAUCUAAACAUAGAUGUAAGCUGGUUCCUCUACUGAAACAGAAUAGGCAGAAAGGAAAAGUUGAAUUCUGAUUCGUAAAUUACAGCUUUGAUUCCAGUGAUAAGUUUGAAAAAAUUAGUGAAUUGCAAGCCUUGUGUUAAGAUUAAGUUACUUCUUCAAAUCUAUCACCUUAAAGGGGUGUGUAUUCAACUAUGCAGAGCGCACAGCAAUAACUUAGGUGUCUGUAUGCUUACUGAUGUCUCAGUUGCCGAGCUGCUGUGUGUUUAAAAACCACUGGUUUGAAGCAGGUUGGUAAUGGGUAUUUUUUGGUAUGCUCCACCUUGCUUGAUAUCUUGAUAUUUUGUAAAGUAACACAAGCCAAUUUAUGACAGAAUAUCAUGAUGUCACGUAAGGAGAGCCAUACAUGCAGUUUCAAGCUUUCUUUAAAUAGUUUUAAUGCACAGUAACAUUGUGGGUAAAUGCAAUACCAGUUAGUGUACAUCUCCUUUUAUAAAAUUUAGCAUUGUGACAACUCAAUUGACUACACUUUAAUUCACAUUUUGCUGCUUUUUGUGCUGUUCAACUGGUUCUUCCUCAUACUUAAGAAUACCAAAAGGGUUAUUUUUCGUUCCGAAUUCUCAGGAUUACCACUGCGAUCAGAUUGUGGCUGCUAUCACAUUUACUAUGAUGAUAUAUAUAUAUAUAUAUACACACACAUAUAUAUAUAUAUAUAUAUAUAUCCAAAAUUGAGAUAUUCUUUCAUAUCAUCUCUUAGCGCAUUGUGAUAUUGGAGCAUCCCAAUGUACUUCAAAAAAAAAAAAUCAGAAGCUUUAAGUAGCUUCUGCUCUGUCUGCAAUACAUACAACAUUACAGAUAUGUUAAACAUAGCUUUAUUUUUUCAAUCAUUUUAAUAAAACAGUAUUUAGUAAUAUCUGGUAGAUUUGCUUUGCCACUUGAGUAAAAACUGAAGUUUAGUGGAUACACUGACAUCUGAUAAAUGAGGUUCUACUAUUAACUGAAUUAGAAAUGUGGCCAUUAAGCAUGGAGUUAAUUUUGUAUGAUUUUCCCUCAAAAAGCACUGCUUUUGUAUGUUGAAACAUGUUCCCAGCUUUUUUUAAUAGUUACAAUACUUCCACAAGUGAUAGUUCAAUUUUUUGGCUAUUUGAUUGCUACAGUGGUUUAUUUUUUUAUUACACGUUAAAAGUGAGAAAUUGUAUAUAAAGUGUAAUUUGUUCUUAAUCUGUCCCUGACAUAUUGAUGCCACAUCUGUUACAUUCAAGCUGCAAAAAGCCUGUUUGUACUUUAGUCAAGAAUUGUAGUCCUAUGGAUUUUGGUCCAGUGUUUCUAUGGUGCAAGAUUGCUGUCUUUUCAGUAAAAGUUGAAACAUUAAUAUAAAGGGUCCUAAGUUUGGCAUUUGGGACAUUGGGACAGAGUUUGACAAGUUAGUGGCCACCGGUAUAUUAACAAAUAUGAAUAGGGCAUUCAACAUAAAAAAAUAGCUUUAUAGCCUCUUUGGGUAUACUAAAAUGGCAAACAUUGAACAUAGACCAGAAUAUGGAAAAAGAGUGGUGAAUUAAGAUUGUCCUCUGUCCCUCCAUAGUCUAUGUGCAUGUCUGGUCAGACUGGAUCUUUCUGCCUUCUAAUGUUAAUAUGGCUACCUCCUUCCCCUUCAGAGUUAGAGGGCUGAGCUCAUUUAGUGAGCAGAUUCUAUGGCGCCAUGGUAACAAUCUCACAGCCAACUGUUUAAUAUGUUUUAUGUCUUGUGGACUCUCCAAAGUGCUUCACAAUCAAUGUGUUGCUUUUGAGAUAUAGUAACUGUUACAUAUCAAAAUAUGUUAGCUGAUUGCAAAUGGGAUUUGCUUUUGAUGGAGAUUUUGUUGGUCCGGAAAUCAGGCGAACAUCCUGCAAGCAGUACCAUGAAUUUUCUUUUUUUUACAGACCAUCUAACAAAGCUGUUGCCUCACCUUCAGCAAUGCAGCAGUCUGCUCAGUGUUCCCUUAACUAUCAGCCUAGGUCAUGUGUUUUAUGUCCCUCGUGAUGCUGGAACCGAGACCCUGUGAUUCAGAAGAAUACAAUACACUGCAUCACACUGACAAUCAUUUCGUCGUGGGUAUAAGACUCAAAUGGGUGUAAUUUCUUUAAAAUUUAAAUAGUUAUUGCCUUGAAGCAAUUUCCACCUAUAUUUGCCUCAGCUCUAAAUAUUGUAGAAAUAAGGGAAGUACUUCCGAAGUGAAGUAUUUUUUAAAAAUUAGUGAAUUUGAUUUUUAGUGCCAAUCCCCCUUGAAUUGUUAACCUGAUAUUGGUUAUGAACUCAAAUAUUGAGCAGUUUUGCAGUCAAUUGGCAUUCAAGAUCAAAAAGUUACUGAUUUGCCAGCAAAGUUUUAACAGUUGGCUAAAUGCUAUCAGAUUUCAGACCUGAUGUAUUAAUUCCAUUGUCAUAAAAGUAAUUUCUUCUGCAUUGUGAAUUUAAGCAAAUAAAUUCUGGAGACAACUCCAAGUAUUCUUUUGGCACUUGAUAAACAAGUUAUGAAUGGAAGCAACUGUUCGAGUAAAAAAAAAAAGUAAAAUUUAAGUUAUUUGACACUCUGAUCCGUUUCCAUUGGUCAGACAACUUGGGCUAGAAUGGAAGUCAAUUUGAAGGGUAGACAUCAAAUAUUUGAUGUCAGGAGUGAGAAAAGGCCAACCAGCCCAUUAAGUUUGUCCCUUUUUAGUUGUUUAAGUCAUCCAACCUAAUGUUUAACUGUGACUUGAACAUCCUGAUGUGUUUGAUUUUUGUCUUUUCCCACAGAUCAUUUCAUUAGUUUAUCACCCAUUAAUCCAUCCCUGGAUCUAUUUGAAUUUAUUUUGCACUAAACACCUGCUAAUCUAACAAAAGGUUGAUAUUUAUUUUUACAAUUCAGCAUUUUUAUUCCCUUGAUGAAUUUAAACUUCUCUAAUCUUUCCUUGUAGCUCAUCCACUUUACAUCUUGCUGUAAUUCUUGUUGCUGUUCUCUGCAUCCUUGUCAGUGCAUCUGUAUCUAUUUUAAAAUGUAACCAGAAUUGUACCUGAUAUUGCAGGACGUUGUUCCAUGCAUUAUAAAACAUCAUGUGAUAUUUGUAGACUUGUAAUCCAUUAUUCAUGGUAUGUAUCAUAUUUUUUCGCUUUUUAAAUUGCUGACCCACAUUCUCUCAAUAUUGGAAGUGGUGAGCCUACUGUCACUCCCGAGUGGUCCUCUGCCAAUUCUGUUCUUUGUAUCUGUGCCGCUUGAACGUCUUUUUUCCUAAAAUUCACUACAUUGCAUUUGUUAGGUUUAAAGUUUGUUUGCCAGUUACUGUACUAAUGCUCAUCAAGACUCGGAUGAAAAGUAGUCAUGUAUGUGUGCUGGAUGGUGUUCAAUACCAGCUUAAGUUAGAGUUUUCAGAAGAGCAGUUCAAAACUGAUACUGAAAAAUGGCAGAAGAAAGUACCUUUUUGUAUUCUGUGACUAAAACAGUUGUGUUUUUCAAGGCAUAUGUUAGGAUUUCAUUGUUCUGGUAUGGAUGUAUUUCUACUAGUAUUUUGAUACUACAAUUGACUAGGUUUUUAUAGAUUUGGUAAUUUUGGAAAUAAAAUUGCUUGGGUUUUCACUCUUUCUGUUGGAAUUUUGAUUCCAAAAUGUUCAAAUUUUGCUCUUCUCAAAUUUUGUGUGUAGGAAUGGAUGCAUUGGUGAAUUUCACUACAGUCCUUAGAGCUGUUCAUGCAAGUUUGUGUUUUUGAUUUUGUUUGGAUGGGAGAAGUACAGUACUACAUAAAACCGGCUUUGCCAAGUUACCAUCUAGCUAAUCUGAGAUCAGUCCAUCUAGAGACAUCUGAUGUCAAAUAGUUUUCAAUUCAAAAUGUUCAACUUUUAAUCGUGUCUAUUGUAAAUUAUUUUAAAAGCAUUAAUGUCACCUGUUUGAAUAUGUCAAGUGAUAUUUGAUAUAUUGCACUUAGCGAGUUCCUCAUCGCAUUUGACUAUUGACAGCCUCGGGUGAACAGUCCCAUUUUGCUUUAACAAAGUGUCACCUUUGGGAUUGGAAAUGUUGUUUGGUUUUUUGGCUGCUUAGACUAAGUAGGUCAGUGGUGGUAUGAAGUUCAUCAUCCAAGCCAUCACAGUCUGCCCUUGUCCCCUUUCAGACUACCGUUUCAAUUCAUUCUUGUGAUGCUAAUUGUUUUGACAGUGUCAUUGUUUAUUGGACAUUAUUUUUCACACUGAGAUGGUGUUCUAACAGUGUUCUACAUACUAGGAAGGCAAUUAAAUCGAUCAUAUAGGUGAUAUACUGCAGUUGCCAGUGGACCAGACCAGGUAAGGAUAAUAGGUUUUCCACCAUAAAGCAUAUUAGCAAACCAGAGUUUUUAUGACAGUGUGCAUGUUUGAUUUUUUUUUUUAAAUUUCCAGGUUUGUUUCUACACUGAAUUUGAAAUGAUCAUGGUCUGAUUUGAACCAGAGUGUAAAUUUUCAGCCCAGGCCUACAUAUGGAUUCCCAGUCUAUUAGCUUAACUACAGCAUUAUUAUACACCUGUACCUGCCAGAGCACUAAUAUUGUACAUCAGUCACACAAAAGUAAAAAUGUUUCUAUAUAUAGAGGAUUCUCUCACUGUCUAAUGCAACAGCAUCUUAUGUAGCACAUUGGUCUCAUUCAUUGUGUUUGUGUUGACUCCAUUUGAACAUGUCACACUUGUUUUCCCAAAGGUAAAUUUUGAGCAUUGAUAGAGCUUUGUAAAGUACUCACUGAAUUUUUUGCCAAGUGAAUUUGAUGUACACAUUUCAAUCACUUUCAUCCCAAAAGUCUCAUUAGUUCCCAGAGUCCUUUUCACAUUUACAUACAUGGUUAGGUGAAUGUCAUCCACAGAAUUCAUCUAAUUGUGGUCAGGAGACCCACCUACGAUUACCCAACCACAAAAGAAAAGUCUUGGCUAAAAAAAUAAAUUUGGGUCUGUUGUUGUAAAUUAACACUUUAUUACGUUGUAUUGAAUCACUGAUAUUUUAUGGAUUGUUUUUGUGAAAAUUGCUAAAUACUUAGAUCUGCAGAGAUGAACAAAAAUAUGAAAAUUCUCAAGUUGCUUUUUUCAGUAAAAAAUGGAAGUCUUGUAGUCUGCAGCAAUGUACAAAAUUUACGAAACAAACUUUAUUGUGGUGGGCUAAUUAGGAAUGUUAUGUUGAUUGGAUUUUAUUCAUUUCAUUCUGGACACUUAUCAAAUGGAGGCUGGGGCACUCAAUGGGAAAAUGAAACUUGUAUGAAUAUAGUUGUAUUAAAUGGAACUUGAUUUUUUUAAAAAAGUAAUAUCUUACCAUUUCUAAAUGGAAGCUGGAAGAAUGGCAUUCAAAUAAAAUGCCUUUGCUCACUGCUAGUGAACAAUAGAAAGUACUGAUUCAAAUUUUGGUCAAGGGCCUAAGCUAGCAAAGCGGGUAGUAAAUACAAUAUGAAGAUAAAGAAGGUGACCCCUGAAGUGAUCCAAUGAAAUAGAAUAGGAUGGUUUGAUUUCAUAUCUGUUCUGUGUCAUUGCUGUAGAGAUAAAUAUACACUGGAUCUGCAGUUGACCAAAAUUCUCCAUGUCUGUUUUGAUUCUGGACUACAUCAAAUACUUAAUAGCUUAAAGCUUGAAUGCAAAAGUAAUCUAAUUCCUUGGAAGUGACUAUGCAGUUUCUUUUAGAAUUCUUAAAUUUACAUGCUUAAAUGAAUCCUGUAUGGACUGUACUUCGAGCAAGUUAGUCAACACCGUUGUUUUACAUUGAAGUAUGAUGGGGCAAGUCCAAUGGGGCAAGUGUAACUAACUGCACACCCACUUAAUUGCACUGCUGCAUCAAAAUAUAGACUAACAAGAGCCACAGGUUGAUGAAUAAUGGCAUUCAUUCUGCACAUCUUGAGUCAUCAAUCCAGAAAGGACUUGGAGCAUACUGUACAGCAGCCACUGCUUCCCCGUUGCAACCAGAGUCAGUUAAGAAUCAAUUAGUUGCUGCAUCAUUUUCCAACUUGAGGUCUAGGUUAUAUGCCAAUGGGUUUUUUGGGUACCUUUUUUCAGGUUGGACAUUUCUUGUCUUAAUGCCAUUGAUUCCUUCAGCCCAUCACCUCCAGCUGCAGAACUUCUGUGACAUCUCAAAGCCAUAGGAGGUGCUACCUAAUGUAAAUCAUUUGUUUGAAUUUCAGUUCUGGUACUAUUAAGAUGUUAUUUAGCCUUGUUCAUGUGUAUCAUUUUCUACCCUAAAAAUACAAAUGAUUUUAUGAAGAAUUAAACCCAAUAAUAUUUCUUUCAGUUUA